AUGAUUUUGUCGAUAGUUGCAGUUCUGGUCUAUAUUAUAAGCUAUACGAGUGCCGCUGCAGAGUCCGAAUCUCUGGCAAACAAUAGACGGUCGCUGUACAGGGAGUACAAGAAUCAGCUGGAUGCUUCAUUAGAGAAACUGCCUUCAGGAAGUACACUGGACGAUGAAGAGCUAUACAAUGACUAUAUAAAACAGCUUGCUGGCUAUUGCCAGGUUUCUUACUGUCUGAAUGACGAAGGAGGACUCGCUGAGCUCAAGGACAAUGAGUUUGUUUUUCCCGAUAAGCUGGUUCCCUAUACACCGAUUAAUUACAAGGAAAAAUACCUGGAUAGCUCGGGACAUACAAACAUUCGAUACAAUCUCACAAAGCUUUUUGACAACGUGGAGGAACCAGGAAGAAUUAUUACCCAUGGUGGGGGUGAAGGCUACAUGCUGCUUGACCAUAAGUUGCGUACGAUCAACAUCGUGUUCCGAGGCACACGAGAAUUUUCACAAUGGUACACUAAUCUCCAUUUUAAGCCUGGUAGAUACCGACCCGUUAUGAACAGCUCGGAAUAUUGGGACCAAAUCAAUUAUGUCCACAAAAAUGUGCUUCAGGAAAAUAUGGCACAAAAUAUGGAGCAUCACAAUUACUUUGACUGCUCUCUCUCCUACGCACAUGCAGGAUUUACCUACGUUGCACGCGGGAUGGCCUUGCAAGUUCAUAAUGAACUCUUCAAAUGGCUGCAAGAAUUUCCAGAUUACAAAGUUCUAGUCACGGGACAUUCCAUGGGAGGAGCUCUCGCUCAGCUGACGUCUUUGGACUUACAUAUUCUUGGAAUAGACAAUCUUAUGGUUAGCUUCAAUGCUCCUUCAGUGUUUUCUCACACAUUGGCAGCGGCAUACAACAAUUUGGUGGACCAGUCUUCCAAUUCUGCUGCUCUACGAGUUUACCACUUCUACGACCUUGUUCCGCGCAUUCUCCCGUACUCGCUCUACAGACAUGUCGGUGUUCCAAUUGUUACGUUCAAACGUGAAUUGCCGCACGCUCAUACAGACUUCCGUGUUACUUCCAAUAGCAGACUACAUGGUAGCAGCCAUGAAUUCGAGCCCGCGGAUAUUGACGAGACCACAUCCUUUCUCGCCCAAGGCAUCAAGGAUUAUUUGAAGGAGCUUUGGCGUCGCAGACCAGAAAUACUUGACCCCUUUUAUCACCGACACCUGGUGGUGUUUUUCUCGGCCUGUAAUGACUGCUGA